AAUGGGCUCAGGCGGGGGCGUGCCGUGAGACUGGCCGCCGCGGCGCGGGGUUCCCUUCCUCGUGCUCGGCGUUGAGACCCUGCUCCUGCCGUCGCCGCCGCGAUCGUUCCUGUCCAACCCGGCUCCGGGGUGCGCCCCCAAGGCUCCUGCUGGUGUCCCUGGAGCAUGGGAGGCUGCUUAGCUUGAGUGGCGGUGUCCAGCAGGAGCUACAUAUCUCACCCUGUGGCAGGGAGGGUGUCCAUGGCUGCAGCCAACAAGGGUAAGUGCCUUCCUGGCUUUGUGGGUUUUGACCAAGCUCUUCCAGUGGGCCAUGGGGGGAGGGCCAUUGUUGCAGGCAACAAGCCCAGAGUCCGGAGUAUCCGCUUUGCGGCAGGCCACGAUGCAGAAGGCUCCCAGAGCCAUGUCCACUUUGAUGAGAAGCUGCAUGACUCAGUGGUCAUGGUCACCCAGGAGAGCGAAAGCAGCUUUCUGGUCAAGGUUGGUUUCCUGAAGAUCCUGCACAGGUAUGAGAUUACCUUCACUCUGCCCCCGGUGCGCAGGCUGAGCAAGGACAUCCGUGAGGCACCUGUCCCCAGCCUGCACCUCAGGCUCCUCAGCGUCGUGCCCGUCCCUGAAGGUUACAGCGUCAAGUGCGAGUACUCUGCACACAAAGAGGGCGUCCUCAAAGAGGAGAUGCUACUGGCCUGUGAAGGCGGCAGUGCCUAUGUGCGCGUGAUGGUGCAGGCGCGCGUUAUGGACCGGCACCACGGCACCCCCAUGCUGCUGGAUGGUGUCAAGUGCGUGGGCGCCGAGCUGGAAUACGACUCGGAGCACAGCGACUGGCAUGGCUUCGACUGAGGCCCACGGCCCACUGGCCUCAGGCCCCUCAGCCUUAAACCCCGCCUGGUCUCCCCAACAUGCUGCGUUAUAGUGUGGCUUCCUCGCCCCUCCCCCUGGUGGGCGUAGGGGUGGAGUGUCCAGGGGUCUCGAGCUGGGGCCUUGCCCAUGCCUCACCUCUGCCUUCGUUCGUGCCACCACCCUGUCUCUCCCGCGUCCUCCUCUCCGUGUGCCUCAGUCUCCUGCCAGAAGAAACGGGUUGAGCCCGCAAGGAGGCUAUCCGAGGAAGGGAGGGGGAGGGCCUGGGGUGGGUUCUCUCCACUCUCCACCCCAAGCCAUAGGGGCUUCAGUCAGAGUCUGGGAGAGGACGGAGCUGGCUGUGUGACGUCGUGGCCCCAUUACUGCUGCUGCUGCUGCCUGGCUUCAGCCACCUCUCCCGCCCUCCCUCCUCCCCACUGCUGUCCAUGGUGAGUAGGAGGGAGGCGCAGUCCCCAGCUCCUACCCUUUAGGUCUGUGUUACUUGGUUUUUAAAUGACUGGUUGGGAUAGAACCCUAAAGAAAUAAAGCUUCCAGUGGAUACCAG